AAACUAUCAAUUUGUCGGCAAUCGAAAGGGGGCGAAAAUGGCGGUCUCUUGAAUCUUGAUUUUUCCGUUGCCGCCAUUACCAUCUCCGGAAUACGAAAUAAUCGAAACCCCCUUCCCUCUCCUCUUCCCAAUAUAAGGGGGAAAAUCAAUAGUAAGGAAGACAAGAAACCCUAGAGAAACCCGACUGACCUCAUAAAAUCUAAUCAAAUUCAAAUUUUUUCCAACUGCUCCAAAUCGAAUUCAAGAUGAAGUCAAAGCGGAAAGCAUCUGUCCAUGCCAAUCUGUUAUCCGCGAAUGGCGCUGCGGCGGCGGAUGAUCAGGGUCAAGCUGGCGGCGGCUUGGCGGGGCCGGCUAGGGACGACGGUGCUGUUGAGAUUUUAGCGAAUCGAGAUGGGGAUGAGGGUAAGCUGGAGAAACCCGAGGAGGUAGUAGUAGAAGAUGGAGAAAGAGAAGCAGAAGCAGAAAUGGAAAAUGAUGGUGAUGGUGAAGAAGCAGCAGCCGGAGAGGAAGAGGCGGCAGAGGAAGACGAGCAGGAUGAAGGCCAAGAUGAGCGGCCGAAGCUUGAUGAUGGUUUCUUUGAAAUCGAAGCUAUUCGGCGUAAACGGGUUCGCAAGGUCUAAUUUUCUUCUCAUUUCCUCAUGCAUUGCAGAUGCCAGUAGCGUUUUGCAAUUUGUAAAUCAAUUAGUGUUUGUUGAAAGCAAUUGUGGUUCGUAAGUGCUUCCGAGUGCGAAAUGUUUUCUUCACGGUGUCAGGAUCAUUUUGCAUUGGUGAUUUUGUUGACGGUUUACAGUCUCUUUAACUUGGUUGAGAAUUGAGAUGAUGGUGCUAAUGGGUGUGUCCACUUUUUUUUUUUUUUCAUCAAAGCAGGGCCAGCUUCAGUAUCUCAUUAAAUGGCGAGGCUGGCCAGAGACUGCCAACACGUGGGAGCCUCUAGAAAAUUUGCAGGCUUGUUCUGAUUUUAUUGAAGCAUUCGAGGAAAGGAUGCAAUCUGAAAAAUCUAUUCGGAAAAGGAAACGCAAGUCUGGGGGCUCUAAUUCGCAGGGUAAGAAGAAGCAGUCGCGUGCUUCAUCUGCUAACAAUCUGACAGGUGAUGAUGUCAGUGCAGCUGACAGAAGCUUACCCUCGACCUCUCUGAACACAUCAGGCCUUGCAAGUCUUCGAGCACACACUCGUGAAGAAGAAAGUGAUGAAAAUGGCACCAAUGUCCAAGUUGCCACUCAAGCGGGUGAGAGCUGGUGCACUAGCCGCCCAAGACUUCAAUUGGGCGUGAAGGAUGAUACUGAAUAUGAUCCAAAGCUUAGUGAACUGAGAGGAACGGCAACAUCAAAUGAUGUUAAUGGAGAUCAGAUUUCUGUUCAGUUUGUUGAUUCCAAGGCUCUCGAAGUUGUUGAGAAUGGGUCGUCUCUCAAGGUUGAUUCGGUAGACCCUGUUCAAACCAACCGUAGAACAGGUGCUAAGAGAAGGAAAUCAGAGUCUGUGAAGAGAUUUAAAAAAGAUCCAGCCUCUUUUGAAGCUCCUCUCGUAGAUAAUUCAGCCUGUAACAUCUCUCUCAGCUUUGAAGGUGAGAUGACUGAAGCAUCUAAAAUCAUCAAGAUUCUCAAGCCGGUCAGCUAUUCAGCUUCUUCAUUUGACAAUAUUCAGGAUGUGGUGGUAACGUUUGCUGCAGUGAGGUCUGAUGGCAAGCAAGUACUUGUGAAUAACAAGUUUUUGAAGGCUAAUGAUCCACUGCUGUUGAUAAAUUAUUAUGAGAAGCAUCUCAAGUAUAGUACAUGA